ACACUUGGUGGGGACAACAGUAAUCGUAAUCAUGGUCCACUCCUUUUUUGACUUAAACAACACAGUUUGGUCGACUACUCAACCCCUUCUCAGCUUCCACAGAUUCACCAAUAAAAUCCCCAUUUCCCCACUUUUUUCAUCAAUCUCCACAAAAUAAUCUUAUUAUUUUCAACAAAAACUCUGAAAACAAUAAGCCCAGAUGAUGUUUAUGAUGACCCAGAUCAGGAUCUGAUCAUCUGGGCUUUCUUGAAAUUCACUACUACAGUUCUUGAUUCAGUAGACAUGUUUGUAUUUGUUAAGGUGAUGUUGAAUUCUCAAGAUUGAAGAUAUAUGAUUUUUGUAUCGUGGGUCUUGCUUUAGAUGUAAUAGAAGUCUCAUUUCUUGAUUUUGCACUAUGAAUUGCUUGGCUUUGUGUAUUGUGCAUAGAGAGGUAGCUAGAUAAGCUGUUUAGUUGCUAAUGUUGUGUGGAAUUGGUUAGAGUCUUGAAGUUUGUAACUUGAAAGGCAUAGUUUGGUGGUAGUGUGGAUUGAUAUAUUUUUCGAUAUAGGGUUGUGCAGGUGAUCUGUUAUUUUUGCCAUGUGUGAGCCUUGUGGGUCGAGUAUGCUUCUUGCGCUGCCUGAUGAUAUUUUUGCAAUUGUUGCACAAUCUUUGAGUCCGAAAGAUGUGUGUAACUUGUGUUUGUGUUGUAGAAGCCUGAGUGGGCUUGCGAGUAAUGAUAAGGUGUGGUUUACUCAAUGUGAAAUGCUUAGAGUGGUUUCGGUGAAAGACCUUGUUGAAUGGCGAAAGGGGGUAUUGUCGUACAGGGUGCUUUGCAAGUUCCUUGUUAGUGUCAAGUCGUUGAUUGGGAUUUGGGUGCACCAGAAUCCGGAAUUGGGUAAUGUGGUUUAUGUGAUGCCGGGUUUUAUUUCUGUUGUUGGGUGUCGGAUUAUACCACAAGAGCUUGGACCGUUGGGUAUUAAAGAUGGUCCUAUUUUAUGGGCGCCGGUUUUUGAGAUCUUAAGCAAUAUUGAUGGCUCCUCUAUGUUUUUCCUUCAUGGAAGGGACAAGGAUGAUGAUUAUAUUUAUCCUGGUUCUGUUAAGGCUGUAGAUAAGGCUUGUAACAUGCUAUUGCUUGAAGUUAUGCCAAAAGAACGAAGUACUGGUGAAAAAUCAGUGGAUGAUAAGGAGCUACUUGUGAGAGGUGACCACUCACGUAGCUUGAAUAUAAAGUCUCAAAGGGUAUUUGGACAGAAUAAGCAGAAGGUACAAUUCAAUCGGUUGGCUUUUGGUGAUAGAAGAAAGCUACUUGAGACUGUUACUAGUCAAGUUCGGUUGAAGGUCCCGGAUUUGGCAAGUGGACUACUUUUUCCUCGACUGAGCAGCGAUGAAAAUAAUUUUCAACAAGAUUUGGUGCAUUUGCACAAGAGAAGAUCAUUGCUGAUGGAAAUGUACAAGCUUCGGAGUGAUUGUAGCAAACACAAUGUUGGUCCUCAUCCACCUGCUGAUCCUACCCAACUAAAAAUAAGUGAGAUGAGAAAGGCCUUCGAGAAUUCUACUGGUUUACACACUUCCCUUGGUGAGGAUGAUUGCCUUACACAAUCUACAAAAAGGAAAAAUCUAGCUGGAUAUUUUAAAGAUGGCCUGAAACAGAUACUUGGGAAAUCAACCUUAACAAUUUAUGGCCGUGAACGUGUAAGAAGUAGUACUUCAAGCAGUGACAGCAAGCAUGCACAACUAGACGACUUUCUUUAUUCUGGUGACACAAUAGGACUAGCCCUAAAUGCUUCAAAUGGAAAGCUAUCUUCUUAUAGAGCUUGGCCAAAUAUGCAUGAUAGUCGUUUUGCUCUUUACAAACUGCCCAUGCAAGAGCCAAAAUCAUCCCAAGAAUACGGUGGUCUAUGGGGAGGAACAUUUGGUUGGCCUCCUGGGAUGCCCUCCGAAGACAAGCCUGGAAAAGCCCUUUACUUCCUUUUUUUAUCAUAUGAAGAGUCCCAAGGCCAACGCUUACUCAUCGCUACUAAAAUAUUAGAAGGGACUCAUUAUGUUCUACAUCCAAAUGGUUCUGCUAUGUUUAUAGUCAAUCUUGAUGAGCCUUCUUCAGAUCCUUUCCCGUUGGGCGGUGAUGGAGAUUUAGAACCUCUUGAUAUUACAUGUGCUUAUACAGGAGAAGGUAUUGCAAAUGGAUAUGGUUUCAGAUAUCCAGGUUCAAAGCCUGGCUCUUUAUUUGUUAUACAAGGUGGGCUUCUUGCUUUUGUAUGGAAAGAAUCUAGAACUGUCUUGACCAUGCAGAGGCUUGACUUGCAAGAACUUCUAAAGAAGGGGGAAAGGGUUCCUGCGUUACCUCCAACUGCCAACUUUGCAUAUCUAACAAAGUCCUACUCAAAUGUUUUUGCCGGCUUCUCAAGCACCUCAAAUGGUCUGGCUUUGCAAAGAUGAAUUAUGAUCACAUGCACGGCUUCAAGCGCUGCCCUCACCCUCUUGCACACAUCAAUAUUCAAAAAGUUGGGACCUCUACCUGUGUAAUGUUGCAGUAAGUAAACUCCUGUAAAGAAUUCUACUCUGUUUAGGUUCUGUAAAAAGAGAAGUUAUGAGGAGAGUGAAAAUUUUCUUGUACCUAAAUACUUAUUAUGUAAUUACAUUGAAAUUGAGGGUCUGGUCGAGUUUUUUUUUUUUUUAAAAAAAAAGGAAGAAAGGGUUAUACAAUAGUUUUACUAUA